AUGGAGAUCAUGUGGAGAUAUUCCCUCUUUCACUCGCUGCUAAUUGUAAGCUUUGCUCUUUCAUUUCUAAUCCAUGCUCAAGACCAAUCAGGUUUGAUUAGCUUAGACUGCGGGUUGUCAGAGGAUUCAAGCUAUACCGAUUCCACGACAGGCAUCAAUUACAUUUCGGAUGAACCUUAUAUUCAAACCGGAAUAACUAAGCGUAUAUCAUCGAAAUAUUCGGUGUACCAGCAGAAGUACUGGACAAUUCGAAGUUUUCCGCAAGGAGAUCAAAACUGUUAUAACUUUACCUUGAGAAAAGGAGAUAAGUACAUAAUCAGAAUCAUUCAUGUUCUUCAAUCAAAAUAUUUGUAUGUUUGUUUCGUGAACACUGGGAAAGGGGUGCCUUUCGUAUCGGUAUUAGAGUUGAGGCUUUUGCCAAAUACUACACUUUAUACAACCCAGUUUCAAACUGAAUCACUUUCACUUUGGAAAAGACAUGAUGUUGAUCUGAUAUCCAAUGGUUUCUUCAGGUUUAAAGAAGAUGGUUAUGAUCGAAUGUGGUGGCCUGAUCAAAGAGAUGAUUGGAGGGUUUCAUUCAACAUGGAAACUGCCGGUACACCAGCAGAUGUUGGUCAGCCGAUGAAUAUCAGUAUUCCAAUUGACCGGUUUUACGGGUACAUGCACUUUGCAGAAGUUGAAGUUCUCAAUAACAGCAUUGAAUCCAGAGAGUUCGACGUGAAUUUAUCAUCUAGCAACUUGAAUGGAGAGAUACCUAAUGUCAUACCCAAUCUCUCUCAGUUACAGCACUUGGACUUAUCAAACAACCGUUUGACUGGACCCGUGCCUGAAUUUCUGGCUAACCUGCAAUUCUUGACUGCGCUAAAUUUGAGUAGAAACACGUUUAAUGGUUCGGUUCCUGCAAAACUCAGGCAAAGGGCAAACCAGGAUCUGCUAGAUUUAAUCAUGGAUGAAGACAUAAGUCCUAUUUGUAUAUCCGACUCAUGCAACAACAACAACAAUGACGACGAUAAGAUUGUCCCUAUUGUAGCAUCAGUUGCAUCCGUAGUUUUGGUCCUCAUAAUUACUUUGGCCGUAUUAUGGAAGCUUAAAAGAAGAAAACCGCCUGGUAUGGCCAUUAAUAGUACAAUUGGUGGAUCCAAAUUAAGAUUCUUCAUCUUCAUCCUCGUCUAA